AACCCAUCGGCUUACUUCAAAAGCAUCUUCAAGCUGCAGCCUGAAGGAGGAGACUUUCCCAGUCCUUAUUCUGACCACAGGAACAUGACCUUGAGGCUUUGCUCUGCCUGGAUUUUCAUCCUCCUCCUUCCUGGCCUCUCAGAUGGAGGGAAACUCCUGGUAUUGCCCAUGGAUGGAAGUCACUGGCUUAGCAUGCAGCCACUGGUUGAAAAGCUCAGCGAGAGAGGACAUGAAGUGGUAGUGCUUAUACCAGAAGUAAGCUGGCGGAUGACAGUGGCACAGACCUACACAGUGAAAGCAUUCCCGGUGUCUUACACACUAGAAGACUUGGAUAAUGGCUUCUCUGAUUACGUUGCCACUCACCUGAAGGACCUGCCUUUCCCACUGAAAACCCUAGCAAUAUACAACAGCUCAGUACUUAUUUUCCAACUCUUAUUUACUCAAUGCAAGAACCUAUUCAGCAACAAGGAGCUCCUUCAGUACGUGAAUCAAAGCAGAUUUGAUGCUCUCCUAACAGACCCCAUCUUUAUGUGCGGACCACUGCUCGCUCAAUAUUUUUCUCUUCCAUAUGUGUUCUUUAUGAGAGGAUUUCCUUGCAACUUACACUAUGAUGCUCCGCGGUGCCCAAGUCCUCUGUCCUACAUACCCAGGCUAUUUACCUUCAACUCCGACCAAAUGACUUUCUUCCAGAGAGUGGAAAAUGCACUGAUUUACCUCCUGGAGCCUGCGUACUGUAACGGUUUCUAUGAAAUAGCACUAAAGUUUGCUUCUGAAGUUCUUCAGAGAGAUGUAUCCCUCAUAGACUUCGUGGACUCUGCUUCCAUUUGGCUUCUGAGAUUUGACUUUGUAUUUGAGUACGUCAGACCUGUGAUGCCCAAUAUGGUCUUUAUUGGAGGCAUAAACUGCGCCCAGAGGAAACCACUGCCUAAGGAAUUCGAAGCUAUUGUGAAUGCCUCUGGAGAACAUGGCAUUAUUGUCUUCUCCCUGGGCUCCAUGGUCUCCGAGAUCCCUAUGAAGAAAGCCAAAGAAAUUGCUGAUGCCUUGGGAACAGUCCCUCAGACGGUUUUGUGGCGAUACACAGGAAAGGUGCCCCCCGACAUGCCCAAGAACAUAAAGCUCGUCAAAUGGCUGCCCCAGAACGACCUUCUAGCUCACCCUAAGACUCGUGCCUUUAUUACCCACGGAGGCUCCCAUGGCAUUUACGAGGGCAUAUGCAACGCAGUGCCAAUGCUGCUGAUGCCUUUAUUUGGAGACCAGAUGGACAACGCCAAGCGAAUAGAGUCACGGGGGGCAGGACUGACACUGAAUAUACUUGAAAUGACUACACAGGACAUAACCACUGCCCUGCAUGCAGUUAUUAAUGAUAAAAAGUACAAAGAGAACAUCAAGCGUCUCUCAGACCUUCACCUUGACAGGCCCAUCCACCCCAUGGACCUGGCUGUGCACUGGGUGGAGUUUGUAAUGAGACACAAAGGAGCCCCACACCUCCGACCUGCUGCUCACGAUCUGAACUGGAUCCAGUAUCACUCUCUGGACGUCAUCGCCUUCCUCAUUGUCGUGGUCCUCCUCUCCCUCUUCAUUUCUCUGAAGUGCUGCCUGUUCUGCUGCCGCAGGUGCUGCUGUAAGAAGGGAAGAACAAGAAAGCCAACCAAAUCCAAGUCCCACUAGCAGGUGAAAGCAAUGGUAGGAGAUAAACCUCUGCUCCAGACCACAUGAUCAGAGACCAUCCCAAAUUUCCCUGAUUGCUGACUUUCAGUCAAGAAAUAAUAGUUCCUUUAAACUAGCACCAUGGGAGGGGUUGUUUCACUGAUAUAAUUGUUGCCUUUAAUUAAGAAUUGGUUAUUAAAAUUACUUUGUAGAGGAGCGCUUCAGUCACUUGGGAAGAUACUAGUGUUAAGUCCAAGGCUCCUGGCUUCCACAUCUUGGUGUACAGAAGAUUCACGUUGACUUCCUUUUUUUUACCUCUAUUGCAGUGGAGACACACACACACACACACACAUAUAUAUAUAUAUAUAUACACAUAUAUAUAUAGGGAUUUCAUGAGAUUUUGCUUCAAGGGCUUUAGGAGAUCAAUUUGGUCUACUUUAAGGCUAUCAGGUUUAUCAAGCACUUUGAAACCUUUGUAUAGCUGUUGUUAAAGAAGAGGCAAGUGUUAUACACUGACAGUACGUGUCACAUAAGCUAGCUAGAUGCACAUCUUACAUGGGUUUUGUGUGUGCUUACAGUCCCCUAAACAAAACUAAUAUUCUGGCAGGGAAGUCAUUGUAAAGACACUGGUGUUUCACCCAAGUUCCCCAUGAGGCAGAGUGCUGUAUCUGAAGUUUACCUGUUAGGUGAUCAGAGCUUUGUAAGCAUCCGUGUUCAUAAAACCCAACUGAUUUACUCGUUGUAAAUUUUGUUCAGGUGGAGACCCAAAGCCCAGCCUUAUAAAUAAAUCCCCAGUAUUAACAAUAA